ACCAAAAUAGUCAGUGACAAGCUCUCGAUCACACCAGUGGGAUUCAUUGUGUUAAUAGCUCAUAAUAGGAAGUGUUAAAUGAAUUAACAAAUAACUGGUCAUCGAGUGAUGCGAAGUAUUUAUAUUGUGUUUAUCAAUUUAUUGAAAAAGAACAGAAUGAGGACCCUGGCAGUGUUGUGUCUGCUGGCGCUGGUGUGCGGAGCGCUCGCCAAGAACAAGAAGGGAGACGACCAUAAGGUGAAGAUUGCUGUCUACUACGAGUCGCUGUGCCCCGACAGCAAGAGGUUCAUCACCACGCAGCUGGCGCCCGUCUGGAGGGACUUCCGAGGGGUCGUCAAGGUCAAGAUGGUGCCGUACGGCAAGAGCACGCACGACAAAGUGAACGGAAAGUGGCAGUUCCAAUGUCACCAUGGACCUGAUGAGUGCUACGGUAACAAGAUCCAGGCGUGUAUCCUGAAGGACCGCAGCCUCCAGGACACGGAGAAGAUGGAGCUGGUCAUCUGCCUCAUGAGCCAGACCAACCCUGACAAGUCUCUGGACACGUGCCUCACCCAAAUCAACAAGGACUCUGAAUCAGUGAAGUUGAAGCGCUGCGCCUCCUCCGACCAGGGAGACAACUUGCUGGCAGCUUACGGGGACAAGAGCGACGCCGUGCAGCGCCCUCUAGGCUUUGUUCCCACCAUCAUCGUUAAUGAGAGAUACGACCAAGCAGUACAAGACGAAGCCUUCACCGACUUGAAAUCGGUCGUGUGUCGCGUCGCACCGAACAAACCUUCCAUCUGUUAAACAAAACACACUUUUACACAUAAAUUAAUUAAACACACUACCUACCGCACUCAGAGACAUUUAAUGAUUACUUAAACUAUUACUUUGUAACGAUUUUGUAUCGAAAACAAUAGGGAUGAUGACUGGGUCAAAAAUAAAUUAUUACAACUUUUCAAUACAAUAAAAUAUUCAAAAAUAAUCACAUUCUCAUUCAUAAAUUUGAUGAACUACUUAAUUUUCGAUUUUUUCUAGCAAAAUUUCUAGAAAUAAGUCUACUAUUUGAUGUAAAAAUCUGAUGACGUCAUAAUAGAGUAUUUCAUACAAAGUUCAUAGAAAAUAUCGUUUUUGACGUUUCGAAAAAAGUAUUGAAUUUGACUAGUAGGAAACAUGCUUAUUGCUAAGGACUGGGUUAAGUAACCAUUAAAUGACUGAGGCGGUAAAAAAUCUCAAGUGAAUAGCUAACUUUACAUUUAAAAAAAUAACCCGCCAUAUUGUCGACCAUAAAAAAAAAUAAAGUAAUGGCGGCAAUUUUGACGCACAAAGUAUUUUUAUGAAAAAUAAUGUUUUUCGAAAAUUAUUACAUAAAUUAAUAUACAGUAUGGAGAUCACUCAUAUGAUUUAAAUGAAACUACAAGUAGUACUCGUCCACAGAAGCAUAAUACAACUAAAUAUUUCAACGAAUAAAAUAAUUAAUCAAGUAUUAAAUUCUGUGUGAACAGCUCCAUGUUCCUUGACCACAGAAGAGCUGUAAUGUUGUAGGUUGUCUAGGAAUGUUACGGACAUGCGGCGCGGUUGUUAUAAUGCCGUAUUUGUAAAGAGUGUUCAAAUUAGCUCAAAGAGAAUAAUGCACUUUUUGGCUUACCUACUGGGCCUAUUUCGCUCAUUUUUCGUAUAUCGUCAGCCAAGAUGAUAAUAAAUAUGUGGUUUAAAUUAAGUCAUAAGAGGUUUCUCCAUACGGUAU